GCAAGCGGAGAUGAGGAGACCGAGGGGGAGGGGAGGGGACAACCGGUUGAUUCAUCCCCACAGGGCCAGCCAAGCCCCAAAGGCCCUCAGCCUGAUAUCAUGGCCUUGAAACUCGAGGACCCCAGUAAUGGGUUCCAUCAUGGCAAGGUGGUGGCCUUCAUCAACGAGAGGAUGGCCAGGCACAAGAAAGGUUCUGCGUUCUAUCUCGAGAAUAUAUCCUUGUCCUGGGCGGAGGUGGAGGACAAGCUCCGGGCCACACUGGAGGAUUGUCAGGUGCCCAGCGAGGCCAAAGAGGCCUGUGUCUGGGGCAGCCUGGCCCUGGGCGUGCGCUUCGCCCACAGGCAGACCCAGUUACACAAGCACAGGGUGCAGUGGCUGCACGACUUCGCCAAACUGCACAAGUCGGCCGCGCAGGCCUUGGUCUCAGACCUGAAGUUGCUCCAGGCACAGCAGGAGCUGGAGCGCAAGGAGGCAGCCUUCAGGCUGCAGCUAGCCCAUGCUAGUCUGGCGGAGGUGCAGGAAGAGCGGGACCUCCUGAGGUGGAAGCUGUUGCACGCUUCUCUCCAGGAGCCGGGUGCAAAGGGACCAGGCCUGGCCACUGCCAGCGGGACCGGGACAGAAGGAGCAGGUGAGGAGGAAGAGGAGGCAGGGGCCACUGCUCCUCCUGCAGCCGCUUCUGGAGCCACAGAAGGAGGAGGAAGACAGAAGGAUGUGGAAGGGUCAGAAGCUGCCGAGGGAGCAGAGGAGCUGUGUGGAGACCUUAUGCAGCUUCUCGGAACUUUCAACAGCGUAGGGGGUUCCCUUAUGUCGGGGGUGGGGGGCGGGAAUCGUCCUCACGCACCCCACCCACCCCCGCUGUUUCUGGUAGUUGGAACAGUCCCAACGGAAAAGCGUCGAGCGGUAACGUGA